GGGAGAGUGCAUGUGAUCAGCACAGGGCCAAUCAGCAUUGUCCAGACAGAGGGUUAGGGGUCCUGCAGCCUCAGGACAAUCAGAGGAUAAUGAAGCGUAUAUAAUGAAUGCAGGGUCCGGGGAGACCAGAUCUAGUGAAUGCGGGGUCCGGGGAGACCAGAUCUAGUGAAUGCAGGGUCCGGGGAGACCGGAUCUAGUGAAUGCAGGGUCCGGGGAGACCGGAUCUAGUGAAUGCAGGGUCCGGGGAGACCGGAUCUAGUGAAUGCAGGGUCCGGGGAGACCGGAUCUAGUGAAUGCAGGGUCCGGGGAGACCAAAUAUAGUGAAUGCAGGGGUCCGGGGAGACCAGAUAUAGUGAAUGCAGGGUCCGGGAAGAGCAGAUAUAGUGAAUGCAGGGUCCGGGGAGAGCGGAAUAUAGUGAAUGCAGGGUCUGGGGAGAGCGGAUAUAGUGAAUGCGGGGUCCGGGGAGAGCGGAUAUAGUGAAUGCAGGGUCCGGGGAGAGCAGAUAUAGUGAAUGCAGGGUCC